ACAAGCUUCCUCUUAUCAGCAAAGAAUCCCAAAAUGGUGAUCACAAGCACAGAUGAAUCUCAUCCAUUAUCAACACCUAAUCCCAACUAUGACAGACUAAGUGAAAUACAAGCUUUUGAAAACACAAAAGCUGGGGUUAAAGGGCUCAUAGAUUCUGGGAUAUCCAAGCUGCCUCGUAUCUUCUAUGAUCCAAUAAAUGAUUUGAGUAAGAGCAACUCAGAUUCUGGAGAAUCCCAGUUGAGUAUUCCAGUUAUAGACCUGGGAUGCCUUAUUACUGAUUCAAUAACUCAGAGGAAGGAGAUUGUUGAAAGAGUAAAGGAGGCAUCUGAGACCUGGGGAUUCUUCCAAAUUGUCAACCAUGGAAUUUCUGAGAGUGUUCUUGAGGAGAUGAAGAAUGGGACUCUUCGAUUUUAUGAGCAAGACAAUGAAAAGAAGAAAGAGUUUUACACUAGAGAUAUCACCAAAAAGUUUGUCUAUAAUAGCAAUAUUGAUCUGUUUCAUUCAUCAGCUGCUCACUGGAGAGACUCUUUUUUCAGCUAUAUGGCUCCUAAGCCUCCAAAGCCAGAAGAUUUGCCUGAGGCAUGCAGGAAUGAGAUGAUAUCGUACACAAAGGAAGUGAUGAAACUAGGCUGUGUUUUGUUUGAAUUGUUGUCUGAGGCUCUGGGGUUAGAUUCAAAUUACCUUAAGAAGAUAGAAUGUGAUGAGGGACUGGUCUUCAUAAGCCAUUACUAUCCACCAUGCCCAGAGCCAGAACUAACCAUGGGAAUAGCCAACCAUACUGAUAAUGACUUCCUCACUGUACUUCUCCAAGACCAUAUUGGAGGCCUCCAAGUCUUGCAUCAGAAUACUUGGGUUGAUGUUCCACCAGUCCCUGGAGCCUUAGUUGUCAACAUUGGAGAUCUUUUGCAACUUAUAACAAAUGACAAGUUCAAAAGUGUAAAGCACAGAGUGGUGGCUAACCAUAAAGGGCCAAGAGUAUCAGUGGCAUGCUUUUUCAGCACCAGUUUUCAGCCCUCUACAAGACUGUAUGGUCCCAUUAAGGAGCUCUUAUCUGAAGAUAAUCCUCCAAUCUAUAGAGAGACCACAGUGCAAGAGUAUGUUUCUUACCUUGCUACACACGGCAUCGGUAGCCCUCUUCAGCGUUUUAGGCUUUAAACUUAGCUGUGCUGCUUUGAUGAAGCUUCUCCACUGAUACAGACACUUUGCUAAGAACAUGUUUGGCUUCAUGGAAAAUGUGUUUUAGUGUGGGAAAAUUUGUAUACAGAACACACUAUUGUUAUUAUUACUUAUUAUAGUCAUACAAGUGAAUCUUAGUUAUCUUUACAUUCACAUAUAUGAAAGACAAUAAGAAGUAGAUGCUUUUAGAAGAGUAGUGGAAAUAUCAAAUUCCACAACUUUGAUCUGGUUUUCAUAGCAGUAAAAGUAAAAGGCACAAAUGAAAGAUAUAUAUAUUUUAUGCAUGCAAUUAUAGCCAA